UCCGACUUGAAGCUACCCAAGUGACAAAAGUGAACAACUAUUGAGACCAUGGCUGACGUGGCGGCGAUCAUUAACCUCGUGAACAAGUUCGCGCUCUCGUACUCUCUGGAGGACGGCGACAAGUCGGUCAAGACGCUGCUGGCGCUCUUCACGGAGGACGCUACUUUCUUCGAGGAGCUCGUGGGUGGCAACUGCUCCGGCAAGAGCGAGAUCGAGGCGGCUCUGCAUGAGCUGGCUGAGCUCAAAUUCGUGGCCGACACGCGCCACCUGCCCAGCGGCCACGUGGUGGAGCUCUCGGACUCUGAGAAUGCCACAGUGACGUCACACACGACGGUCUUCUGGAAGUGCACGCCCGUCAUGGUAGUCACGUGGUCCGAUGUGGUCGUCAAGCACGACGGCCAGUGGAAAUUCCAGAAGCGAACAGCCGACGCCGUGCAGAAGAACCUCGAGAUGAUCGGCGAGAUGCAGCUCCGCGGCAAGAAGCAGUACUCCCACAAGGACGAGGCCUAAAUACGUGUGACCUCUUUUUUUUCCUCAUGGAGAACUUUACAACUCAGAAACACAGAAAAAAAAGAUCUCAUUUUGUCUGUGCAUGCACGACACAUGGAAAAUAAAUAAAAAUGCAAUGAAGCAGGGAAAAAAA